AUGAAAUUCAUGAAGAUAGCAGUCUUCAUUUUGCUCUGCUGCCUCUCUUCAAAGUCCGUCUUGUCGAGCCCCGGGCGCUACAAUGCAAUCUUCAACUUUGGCAACUCUCUGAGUGACACUGGAAACUUCCUCCUUACCGGGGCACUCGCACUUCCAGGGGUAAAAAAUCUCCCUUAUGGUGAGACAUUCUUCCACCACGCGACUGGUCGAUGCUCAGACGGACGCCUCAUUAUUGAUUUCAUAGCUGAAGCAUUCGGACUGCCUUAUCUUCCACCAUAUUUGGCAGUAGCCAAAGGUCCACCUAUCCGGACGGGAGUGAACUUCGCAGUUGUUGGUGCCACAGCACUCGACCCGUCUUUCUUCUCUGCUCAGGAGAUUGCGUUGUGGACAAAUGACUCGUUGAGUGUUCAGCUUGGCUGGUUCCAGAAUAUGAAGUCGUCUCUCUGCACCACCAAACGAGAAUGUGAAGAGUACUUUAAGAAGUCUCUGUUUCUGGUGGGGGAGAUUGGUGGCAAUGACUACAUCUUUCCCUUUCUCUCUGGUCGAACCGUUGAACAGCUACGUCCUUUGGUACCACAAAUUGUUGGAGCCAUCACUCGAGCCACCAGUAUGCUGAUAGAAGAAGGAGCAGUGGAUCUGUUGGUGCCAGGACAAUUUCCUGUAGGCUGCUCUGCGUUGUUUCUAACUUUGUUUCAAAGCCCUAACGUUUCGGCGUAUGACCCUACAACUGGAUGUCUGAAGGCUUAUAAUGCUCUCUUCCAGUACCACGAUAACUACCUCCAGCAAGAAUUGCAAAAAUUGAGAGAAGAAUACCCCCAUGCAAGAAUUAUGUACGCCGAUUAUUAUGGUGCUUCCGUGCCUAUUUAUCGCACUCCAAAAGAAUACGGCUUUUAUGGAGGGGCACUAAGGGCAUGUUGUGGAGGAGGUGGUCCAUACAACCUCAAUAAUUCAGCAAGGUGUGGUGACCCAGGCUCAACUGUUUGCAAAGAUCCAUCGGCUUUCGUCGAUUGGGAUGGGAUUCACUUGACUGAGAGUGCUUAUCAUCUCAUCGCCAAAGGGUUGCUCUACGGUGGCUUCACAUCUCCACCACUCCUACUUUAA